UCGACUGCAAAUGUUCGAUUGAUUAAUUGUUUUGAAAUUGCCUUAGACUAAUCAAUUCAGAAGACGAAAAGUGCAGUGAAUUUGUGGCAAUUAUUUUUGAAUAUUUUUAAUAAUUUAUUUAAAACUUAUUAAACUGAAAAAAGUGAAAAGAAAUAAUUGAUUACACAAUCAAGAAUUUUGCAUAUCUGAAAAGUAGAGAAUUUUCUAAUAACGCAAAAGGUUCGGAAUACGGUUUCAAAGUAAAUACCUUUUGAGGCCAACUUACGAUUGAAGUGUUAAAUAUUGUCUAUUAUGGAAUCAGAAAGAUUUCUACAAGUACAAUAUUUAGUUUGCUGAAAACAAACCGUCAACAAAAAGACGCAACCACAGGCCAAAAACGUCAGUCCGAAAAGAAAAUCGAGAAGAAAACUACAGGGAAAGACAAAGGCAACAAUAGCACGCACUACAAAUAUUUCUAUUGUAUCUUUAGAUUUUCUAUGUUAAGUACAAAUAGUAAAAUAUAAAUAAUUGUAGUAAAAUACAUAGCGAAACAAGCAAACAGUUAUACAUAUAUAUCUACUUGUACAAAUACUUCACUUCGAUCGAUCAAUCAGUUUGGCAAUAAAAACAUUAAUUGUCAGCAAAAACAGGCACCCUUUCAAAAUAAUACAAAGACACAUAUAGACACAAUAGAGACAACAACUAAUCUAACUAUAUACAUACUAACCGAUAAAACAGAAUCCCUCUCUGAGCAUAAUGGCACAAACUUAUAGUUUACGUCCCGCCCGUACCCGCCACAUGCGACAAUCCACCUAUGAGGACAAUUAUGGCUACACUAUGAAUUAUUAUCAGCCUAUGCUUGACUACUUAGAUGCAAAAGCAAAAGGUUUACAUACCGAUACAUUGCCACAUUUACCGUGGACAAGUGAGCGUGGCCUUAAACAAUAUCAUUCCUCUGUACCCGUACGUACAUAUACGACCGACGAGAUAAUACGUCUUUCGCGUGAAUGUGCUGCAAGAGCUGAUGAAAUUUUGCUAGAUUUUCGCGUAAAAAAGCGUACACCAUUUAGUGUAAAGAAGCUCGCGGACGCAUCGCGUGUUACUAAGCAUAUCGAACCGGAUACUAUUUUAGAUAGAUCUCGCGAACGUCGUCGCCGUCGUCAGGAGGAAUUAGAGGAUAUAAUACGCCGUGAUACCAUACGAAUACUCCAACGUAUACGUAAAAUGGAGCUCGAUAAUGAUUGUGCUAGAAUGUCAAAUGAGUUUAAAAGACAAAUUCGCGGUAAAUCGGCUUCAGCCAUUGCUCAAGCCCUACUCUCCGAAUCGGAACGUAAUAUGAAAACCGCCAAAAAAGAAGAA